AUGGGGUUGUUCAAAUCUAAUGAGAAGGUUGAGGAGACCGUGAUCUUUGAUCCCUCUGGAAGUGAGAUUGAAGAAGGUAGUCUACAUUUCACGGUUGAGGGUGGAGAAAAUUCCAACAGAUUGACAAUUCAAGAGGCUAGUGGCGCUCCAGUCGAGCAGCAUAGUCCUCUUGGGUAUUCAGUCGGAUGGGUUACUAUUGUCUUCUUGAAUCUUAGCAUGAUGAUCGGCACCGGAGUCUUUUCAACUCCAUCAACGAUUCUCUCUGGAACCGGCUCGGUUGGUCUCAGUCUGCUAUAUUGGUUUAUCGGCUAUCUUAUUGCGUUCAGCACACUGUCUGUAUAUCUUGAGUUCGCCUCGUACUUCCCCUCUCGCUCGGGAUCGGAAGUUGUCUACCUCGAGCAGUCCUUCCCUCGUCCUCUGUACCUCUUCCCCACUAUCUUCGCCGUUCAGACAGUGCUUUUCUCUUUUAGCAGUAGCAAUGCUAUUGUUUUGGCGGAAUACCUUUUUGAUCUUGCUGGAACGACACCAACUGAGUGGCAAGAAAAAGGUGUUGCAGUGGCAGCAUAUACAGUUGCCGUUUUAGUUGUCAUAUUUCAUAACCGAGCCUCUCUUUUGCUCUCCAAUGCGAUCGGCGUCGUCAAGCUUAUGACUUUGAUAUUCAUUGGUAUUACCGGCCUCGUUGUCCUUGGAGGCCACACAUCUGUCGAGAACCCAAGAGCAAACUUCAAGAAUUCGUUUUCUGGGACAUCAUCCAAUGCAACAGUGUACGGAGCAACAAAUGCACUGAUUGAUAUUGUGUUUUCGUACGCCGGCUACACCAACGCAAUCCCAUCAAAACUCUCCGGUGGAGCGCUCCUCUCUCUCACUAUCACAGCUGCUCUCUACAUUCUCGCCAACAUUGCCUAUUUCUCAUGCGCCACAGUAGAAGAGAUUGAAAACUCAGAGCAGAUUGUCGCUGCGCUUUUCUUUGAGAAGGUCUUUGGUCAGGGUGGUGCAGCAAAAGCAUUGAACUUUUUGAUCUGUCUGAGUGCCUUUGGUAACUUGGUCGCUGUUCUUAUCGGUCAAUCUCGAGUACUGCGUGAAUGCGGAAGACAAGGUGUUCUUCCUUGGACCAAGUUCUGGACCUCUACGAAGCCAUUCGGAACGCCCAUUGGGCCAUACCUCGUGAAAUGGGGAUUAACAGUGAUCAUGAUUAUCGCUCCUCCAGCGGGUGAUGCAUUCGAUUUUGUGGUUGAUCUGAGUAUCUAUCCCUCGAACCUGUUCAGUUUCAUCUUGACCAUUGGAUUAAUCAUAACCCGUCGUCGCCGCGCACGUCUUGGCUGGGGAAGGGGUGAAUACCGCUGCUGGAAUGUGGCCGUAGGAUUUUCCAUUCUAACUACCAGCUACAUGCUUGUUAUGCCGUGGUACCCACCAACCACCGGUGCAGAUGGUGGUGAUGUAUCAUUCUGGUAUGCCAUCUACAUUGUUACUGGUCUCUCUAUCAUCGGUGCCUGCAUCGUGUACUACUAUGUCUGGGUCUGGCUUAUUCCCAAGUGGGGUGAUUAUCAGCUUCGUCAGACCAUUCUGGAAGAGGAUAAUGGCGCGGUAGCACACGUUCUGGUCAAGAUUCCUAACUCAGAGAUUGAAAGCUGGGAUGCACGAUAUGAUACUGCGGGACGCCUGAGACGAGUUAAUCGGAAUACUGGAACCAGCUCGCCCAGUGAUGAGAAGAGUGCGGAAUGA